AUUUUGAAAUUAUCUCGCUCCAUUAGAUAAAAGUAGGCCUGAUGACUCUAAGCCUCAACAACAAUGUAGAAGUGGGGGCGUGGCAGCUAACUGGCUAUUAUUAAAUUAAGGAAAUUUCAACCAGGCAGCGCAGUGAAGGCUCACAGCAAAGCAUGGAGACCAACUCAACGAGCACAGAUCGUCCACGCAGUGUGAGAUCAGGCAAAGGACGGCGUACCAGUGUAGCCAUGAUCAGGCAGCAACUCCAAACCACCACUAACCUGCAGCCUGGUGCAUUGUCAUUGUUGGUCACUAGGACAGAAGCACAGAGCAAGACAAUGGAUGAGGACCCAUUCAAGAUCGGCAGUAGAAGAGACUCUAUGAAACAAGCAUGGGCCCCCUCACCCAAGCGCAGUCUAGCAAGUCGAUCCAUGGUCACCCCUGGUGAGCCGCUAUUGCCCCCCUUGAGGGAGUCUAGACCCCCCACAGCCUCCAGCAGCAGGCCAAGCUCACGAGUAUACAGAGCUAAGGAUGGCUCUAGCUAUAUCAUGAUGGACACUGAGCUCAAAUCUGAUUUUGGAAGGGCUGAGGACAGACUAUAUCUGCAAGAUUUGGAGAAGCUGAGGCAAAAGUUUGAGGAAGCAGACGUUAAUGGUGAUGGAACACUAGACGCAGAUCAGUUCUUAGUCGUGUUUGAUAAGCUGUUUGGGAUGGAAGGAAAGGGUGAAGAAGAAAUACUGAGAUUCUUCAACAAGAUUGACUAUAACUGUGACAACUACAUUGACUGGGACGAGUUCUGUACGUACAUGCACCUCGAAUACCAGGAGAGAGAUGUGACCAACAGUCGUCAGAAAUCCGUAGCGUUCCAUUGCCCCGCCCAGUAUACGAGGGGGAAUCCCCACAAUGAGUCACUGUGUAGAGUCACUCAUCUCCAUGACGGCAGCCUCGUCUCAUGCAGUGUGGAUGGGGUAAUCUGUUUCUGGGGCAACGACCUUUGCCCUAGGAGAGUACGUAAGACGGAGCCAGGGCGUAUGGGUAAACCAAAGUGGGUGACUGACAUGGCGUUGUGUAUACCACAAGGGAAGAUAUUGAUCACCACUGGUGAUCGUGAAAUUCAGUUCUACGAGAUGAUGAACUUUGAACCCUACUGUCAACUUAGGCGCCUAGAAUCUGUUCCUCUCAAAGUCACCUUCUGGUAUAAUCCCAAGCAGCACAGUGAGUGUAUCAUUCUAAUCGGAGACAGAGAGGCAACCCUGACUGUCAUCAUGACCAAAAACAUUCACGAAGCUUUCAAAUAUUGGAAGCUAGGUGUGCGGAGUGAGGAUGGGAUACCCACUUAUCCAGUGGAGAACCUCGGUCGUGACCAGAUCCUGGGUACUAGUGUGUACCGCUGGAAGCUGCACUCGCACUGGAUGUCCGAGAUUCACUAUUUUCCGUCCUUGCGAUGUUUUGCCUCUUGUUCCAGUGACCCCUCGGCCAGUCUGGUGCUGGGUUCUCCCAGUGGUAGCACUCCAGUGGAUGCUCUGCUGGCCACCUCUAAUACUCUACGCUCCACACUUGGUCACCAGACGAGUGUGGGUGAUAGAUCACGCCCAUCUCCGCCCACUCAUUGGGGUACCGCCCCCACGAAUGAGAGGACUGGACAGAGGAGCACGCUACCAGCCAGAAACAGAAUGAGGGGAGACCAGCGCGUGUUUAAAGUGCUUAAAGGAGUAUCAACUGUUGACUAUUGUCACAAGAACAAUGCUCUAGUCACCGGAAGCACUGAUCAGAUUAUCAGGAUCUGGAACCCGUUCAUAAACACUAAGCCUGUAGCUCACUUAUUUGGACAAGGAUCUCCUGUUUUCUCAUUGAAGGUUGACUCUGAGGAGGACAGGAUCUACAGCGUUGGCAAUGACAACGCUGUCAGAGUAUGGCAUAUACUGGAUCACACGUGUCUGUGCUCGGUCACACAAAGCUCUCAUAAGAUCCUCUCAACAGUUCAAGCGUUUCAUUUCAACUCUGUUAGUCAAUUACUGGCCAUUGGGACGGACCAGCUAGCUGUGUUGAAGCUCGUUGUCAAGGAAACAAGGCGUGGCAAGUUCGCAACAAGCCACGCCCACCCAAUAACUGCCGUUAAAUUUUCUCAUUGUUUUGAUCAGCUGGUGACAGCGUGUGAGGGGGCGGUAGUGAAGGCUUGGGAUGUGUUUACUGGAGCUAAAGUGUUUGAGUUCUCUUGUGAUCAAGAAGAGGAUGGGGGGAUCAGUGCACUGGAUGUGGACCAGGCAGGCAAGAGAGUAGUGACGGGUAGUCAGAAUGGGCGGAUUAAAGUGUGGAACUACAACAACGGUCAAUGUGUGCGAGUGUUGGACAAGGGCAACAGUUGUGAGGUCACUGACAUCAACUUCAUCACUACCAACAACAACAAGUACAUCAUCUCUGUUGGUUGGGACAGGAAAAUCAGCCUCUUUCCUGAUGUCCCGGCAAAGCCCCAGCAAAUAUCUCAGCUAGUGCACCCAUUGGAUGGUUGGAGUAGAGCAUCUGACCACGCCCACUCUGAUGAUAUCCUCUGCGUGGCGUUUGGUUCUCCUCACCUCAUGGCCACUGCUAGCUACGAUGGAGAGAUUAUUGUAUGGAGUGUGGUGUCUUGUCACGCACUCAGUCACCUCAAAGCCACGCCCCCUCACGCCCACACAUCAGACGAAGGUUCUGAGGCUGUGUAUAAACUCUUGUUCCUAAACACUAGAGCAAGGACACGCAUUGCUGCCUCUCUGGUAGCCAGCGGACCAUCAGGUUAUGUUCAUUUCUGGAACUUGUAUGAAGGGAGAGCUGCAAUGGGUCGAUUCAGAGCAACCAGAGCAUCCAUCACUGCCAUGACAGGGGACAGUCAGGACACCGUGUUAUUCACUGCUGAGAGCCAUGGCCAUGUAUGUGUGUGGAGCAUUGCUGAUUAUUGUGUGAUCAGUUCAGCCACUAGUCCUCCUAAGAGAGUGGCCCUAUGGAAGGCACACACUGACACCAUCACUUGUCUUGAGUUGAUAGAAGGACGCAAUGUGCUGGUGAGCGCUGCUGCUGAUGGGGCAGUUCGACUGUGGUCUCUAGAGGGACACUAUAUUGGCUCGUUUGGUCAGCCCCACAUAUGGACCCUGGGUGACCCCUCCUCUUAUCAGUAUCCAUUAUCCCCCGAGGACAUUACACUCGACCCUACACUACCAUCAUGCAUAGAUCACAAUAAAGAGACCAAGUCUCUUGAAAUCUUAUUAGACUCUCCUCCUGAUAAGUGUGACGAGCAAGACGUGGGUGUGGUCAGCAAUGAGGUGGUGGGAAGAGUCAGUGAGGAGUGUGAUGUUGUGACAGAUGUGGAGGAUGUGAUACAAACUGAUGAUGAUACUUGGCUACAGUCUCACAUUUCCCUAGGAGUGCCAAUUGGUGGAUCACAAGCUGGCAAGAGAUUGCGACACCUUCGUGCCAGCUCUGCUGCUCAGAGGAGACCUGGCCGCAGUCCCAAUGGAGUCUACACAUCGUUACCAUACCAACCACUCAGCGAGGAAGAACGUGUUCAGAAAAUUACAAACCAAUUUAAACUCAGACAAAAAAUUAAAAAUUGAAAAAUUAAAUGUCAUAAUUCAGUCUAAGGAAAAUAUUGUUUAUCAGUGUUCAUAA